AUCAGAGGGUGACAUCAAAGUUGUCCGCGCAUGCUCUCGUUGUGGUGACGUCACGAUCGCAGGUAGCAGGACGCGUCUAGAAGUGUGCUCUCGUUUGGAAGAGAAAUGGAGGGAUAUACUGUUUUAGUGAUUGUCGCACUUUCGUGCAUAGGAAAAGUGAGCGCAACAGAUGUGACGCUGACCCCGGCGGGCAAGAAGUAUGUGAAUGUUGGUGAGUCGCUGACCAUGGUGUGUGAGAUCCAUGAGUCUGUGAACUUCCUGCUGUCCCAGGAGACGGUCUUCAUGCACAAGAACAUGGUAACCAAGACGGAGACGAUCCUGACGCGCCAGAAGGCCAAGCUGGAAGGCAUCGACAACUAUGACAACUAUGAGGUCGACAUGUCGAUCGAUGGCAACAUCAUCGUCAGGCUCACUAUCCAUAGUAUUGCAGCUAAUAUGGAUGGUGAGUUCUCGUGCAGAAUUAAACCUUUGACAGAACAGGAGUGGAGCAAUCAAGCUACAGUGGACCUUAUUGUCAUCAAGCCGCCGUCAGCCAUUGAGAUGACGUUUCAGGAGCAGGUGAUAAUGAGUGAGAUGCAGCAGGGCAUCAAGCUGAAGGAAGGCAUGUACAGCGUCGUCUGUAAGAGCGUCGGCAGCAACCCUGCGGCCUCGCUCGCCCUCCAGAUAGGAAACCAAGUGAUAGAGGGCAACACCGAGGUCACCAUGGACGAUGCGGAGAUGACAGGCCGGCAGUACGUGUCCCGGGUGGAGGGGCACCUGAACUUCGACCACAAACACUUCAAUCAACACCUCGUCUGUACCGCAGAGCUGCCACACGAAGUCGGGGACAUCGAUCGUGGGACCAUUAAAGCCAGUGUAGAGCUUAUUGGAGUCGCAGAGAAGCCUGUGGUUUACUGCAUGAACACCUCCAGUGCUGUUGGAGACCGGUACGUGAAGAUCACCUGCAUCGUGGCGAAGAACCCGAAGACGAAGUCUGUAGCGUUUGAGAUCGGCAGCACCAACACGGUGUUGGUUCCCAAUGAGCAGACUGAAGACUUCACAGAGGUCGUGGAGAAGGAUUACAAUGGCACUCAUCGCGCCAUCACCCUGGUGAUCCACACCGUGGAGCGCGGCGAUUUCCUGGAAGAAUAUUACUUCAAUGUCGUUGGUGUUGACGGCAAAGAUUACAGAUACCCUGUUCAUCUCCAGAUGAUGACCAUUGGUGCUAGCUCUAAUUAUGUCAGUGGAUUCUUGCUAUCUGCUGCGUGUGUUCUGGCGAUGUUUGGAAAGUUUCUAGUGUGAUGAGGAGCAGGACAUAAUAAUGAAAUUAGCACAGCAGGAAACAACAAGGGAUUCGCCUGGAUUAAAACCACACUCAAGGUUGAGACGAUGCUGUAUACAGCGAUGCUCAAAGUUGGUAGUCAAUCUUGUGCAGUUUGGUUUUACGGAUUUCAUCAUCAAGUUCUAGAGACUGCUUUGAAAGACUAAAUUUAGAAUAAUAAAUUGGAGACCACCAUAUAAGAAGAUAGGCCUGUGAAAUGGAUUUUCACGGUGGAUGUGUUGUUUGCUUGUGUUGUGAAACGGACUACGCACAUUUUCAUAGGCUUGUUAAUAAUUUCAAAUGGAUUUCUUGCAAGGAGAUUACAAAACGGAACAGAACAUUUACUUCAGGAUGUUUUCUCUUUUUCUGUUGAAGGAUCUUUAAGUGAUUUGUAAACAAGAUGUGUGUAUUUCAGAGAUGGGAUUGUUUUAUUGUGGUCUGGGGUUUACCUUUAAAAAGUGUGUUUUCUAAAACAGAAGCAGUGUUUACAGAAGGUGUACAUUUCAUUAAACUGCAGAAUGUUUUGAUAAUAUUGAUGUUUUAAUAUUGACACAUGAUCAGAUGUGUAUUACACAUAAUCAGAUGUGUAUUACACAUAAUCAGAUGUGUAUUACACAUGUAAAAGUGUAUGGAUGAAAUAAAAUAAAAAUAUUGCAAGUUCAUGACCAUAUGCUCGUACCUACCGACUAAACUGUAAUUAAAAUAUAUUGAGUAUGUCAUUAAAUAAACAUUCCUUGCUUCCUUGACCUACCCACUUUGUCACUUACAUUUUACGUUUCAACCUUCCCAUUUGGAACAGAUUACUACUGGUUAACAUUUUCAAUAGAUGCUUGCUUCAAUUGUGUACCCACAGACUGCCAUGCUCAACCAUUCUGGAUUUGUUUUUUUGUUUUUACAAUUAAUGAGUUUUUUCUUCUGUUAAGAAAACAGUGAUUUCAAAUCACGAAUUGUAUAUGUUGUAUACAAUAAAAAAGGAAUGCUACGCAUUACGUUGUGUGUAGAAGUUGAAUUUGAAAGUGUAGCAGUUCACCAUUGGAGGAAAUCAAACCUAAAACAUGCAUCGACCUUGAUUACCUGCCAUUUAUUCAUUAGGGAAAUGGUUAUUGGUAAUCAUUUUCUUUCAUCUUGUCUACCAUCUUACUAUUAUUAAAGGUAAGUUUGGAACAAACUUGGAGAAAAGUGACUCAGUCUUUUAAGGUCUUUGGAAAAAUAGUCUUCAUAGAAAUAGGACUAAAACUAUAUACAUGUGAAUUAAUUUAAUAAUAUAUAUUUUUGGGGGGUAAAAAUGCCACUUAACAGCUAUAGGUUUAACCAAAAGAACAAGAUUUUUUUUUUUUUCUUUUUACAAAUUGUAGCAUUUUCAAAAUUUAUCCACACUGUUUUUAUAGCAAAAUCAAAAUAACCAAUUAUGCCAUGUUGUGCAUUUUAACAGUUUCCAGAACUAUGCAUUUGAAUGUAAUGAGCAUAAAAAAUAAAUUUCUGACAAAGUGUUCUUAAAGUCAGCCUGUCUAUGCACUCUGUGUUAAACGUGUCAAGUAUAUGCAUCCUGUGAUAUCAGACGUGUUGUCUACAUCUACAAUUUCAGUCAAUAUGCUUUUGGGUCUCGCAAAAGGCAGCAUUGUCAAACCUGGUUCACAAACGUUCCAAAAGCAAUAUAUUUCACCACUUUUUAAUUUAAUUUCUUUUGUAUUUUAGUUUUUGUUAAGACCAUGUUAUGCGAGUAACGUGUUUUGUUUUCUUAGAUACCCUAGAAAUGUGUAAGCAUAUAUGCAAAGUUAGAACUUGAUGACCAAAUUGAUAGACAUUUCCGUAACUGCCAUACAAAUUGCCAUAUGUCAGGGGGCUUUACUGAUAGCAGGUUCCUGCCAUCCGUUGGAGGGAUGAUUUUUUGGUUUUUUAAUGUUUUUUUAAAAGUACUGGUUUAUAAUUGCUAUAGGCAGACUCAAAACUUGAUGUAGGUGAAUAUUUUGUCUAUGGCAAAAACAUUUCAAAAUUGCCUUGGGUAACAAAUGUUCAAGUCUGAGCUGUGUAAAUGUCUUCAGUGCAGUCGUGAGAUUAUUUCUAAAUCUGAAUCUAUUUGCCUCCUCAUUCUGGGUAGCACCUUGUUCCUGUUGGAGGGGUGUUGGGUUUUUUCCCCCUCAUUCAUCUACAGAGUAUACUAUGCAAACAGCAUGAAGCUAAAGCUAAACUGACAAAAGUCUUGAACAACAUAAAGACAUGUCUGCACAUGGCUAAACCUGUGUUUAUUAUAAAUUAUUAAUUAUAUAUGGCCGUUUAAGAAAAUUGCAUGUGACUUGGGAAUAAUACCUCUAUUGAAUUCUACCAUGUAUCUUUAGUUUUUUCUGAGCAAACCACAUUCAUUGAAAUUGUCCCAUUUGUUCAUACAUUUAUAUGUAUACAUGUGGUAUUUAAUUUAUAAAAGAACAUACAAUAGUUAACUGGAAAUAACUGCACAAUAUUUUUAAAAUGUGCAUAAUCAUAUAGUUCAAAGCAAAAUGUAACUGAUGGUGCUUUGCUUGAUGAGUAAAGGUUAGCGAUAAUUGUAUUAAUUUUCAAAUUGUAUUGGCUUGAGCUGUUGGUCAUAGCAGUAACCUUUCUCAAGGUCAUAAGAUUGUUUACUUACUACAAUUCCUUGCCUAUCAAUGAAAUAGAUUACUCAGCUCUUAUGUCAGUAUUUCAUUUACAUAGACUGAUACAAGUGUGUCGAACUAAUUCUGAUAAAAUUUAGGGGUGGUGGGGGAUAUACAGGUUUUGAAUUGAACAGGCCUUUUUUCUUUCACAUACUAUAUACUUUCAUCUUUUAAGUGAAGUUUUAAAGAUAGUUUGAAUAACAUAAUUUGUUCUGUACUACUGACAGUUUACUUUGUGUUAAUUGUACAAACACCUGGCUGUGUCGAUAUUUGUUGUACAGACUAUAUUUCUUUGUAGCUGUUAAACCUGGUUACACAGUGCUUCUGUCAGAAAUGUUACUAAUAUUCAAUGUCAGGACUGUUAGAAUAUGCGUAACAGUCCUGAUAUAAAAUAUUCAUAUGUCAGGACUGUUACGAAUAUUCUGUGUUGAGACUGUUACGAAUAUUCUGUGUUGAGACUGUUACGAAUAUUCUGUGUUGAGACUGUUACGAAUAUUCUAUAUCAGGACUAUUUCGAAUAUUCUAUAUCAGGACUUACGACUAUUCAAUGUUGAGACUGUUACGAAUAUUCUAGGUCAGGACUAUUUCGAAUAUUCUAUAUCAGGACUUACGACUAUUCAAUGUUGGGACUGUUACAAAUUUUCUCUGUCAGGACUAUUAAGAAUAUUCUAUGUCAGGACUAUUACAAAUAUUCUAUGUCAGGACUAUUAAGAAUAUUCUAUGUCAGGACUUUUACAAAUAUUCUAUGAGGCAUUUAAAACAUUCUUGUGCCAAUAACCAUUGUUCAGACUCCAUUAAGGGUAACAUAACCGAAUAACGUCCUUUAUUAUAAUGGAUUUUGAAGUGCAUCUCCUUAUUGGCUGCGAUUUUAAUGGAUAUGUUAUGAAGAUUUUCUGUGUACUUUAUACUUUUUGACACCGUUACUCCAAGAAACCACUGCUUACACCAAGUGUCAACACACAAUUCUGAUAUUUUUUUUAAUUAAUUUUUUAACAUUUUAUGUGGGAUUGAUUCAUUUGGGGGGGGGGGUUCACAAAUGUAAAAGUAGCAACACAUUAUGACACUUGCAGCUUUGACAAUGCACCUUUAAUUCCCAUAAUCAAAAACAAAACAAAAUAAUAAUAAUUAAUAUUUUUUUUUAUAUCAACCCAUUGAAUUCAGCUUAUGUAAAUAGUGAACAUUUGAAACUGGUGCACAUGUUAUCAUGAAAGGUGUACAGUAUGUGACAGGAACAAAGAGAAGAAUGCACAUUUUGUCUUGUAUCUUAUCUCUAUACACAUGUACCCGUUUUAUUGUUGUACGUUUGUAUUGAGCUAUACUAAUGUAUAUUGUACAUACAAUUUUAUAUGUUUUUGGAGAAUAUAUUUAGUCUAUUUAGGAUUUCCUUAUAUAUCAAUCAUAAAAUCUUUUUAAACUGCAAUAAAAUUUAUACCCUUUGCAAAAUUUUAAAUAUUGUACUAUUAAUGAAACUGUGCCUGCAUAUUAUUAAUUUAAUUUUUAAAAUUAUUUCUGUACGUUUUUGUAAAAAGUUAAUUUCCUUUCAAAAUGUGUAUUAAUUAAUUGUUUUAUGCUAGCAUUUUUAUAUUACUGCAUCCAAUAAGAUUGUUGUGAAAUUGUUUUAUCAUAUUUGUUGGUUUCUGUUGUGUUUUACAAAACUGAAUGUUCAACAUCAGUUUUAUACUGUUGCUAUGUCGGACAUGUAUGUGUUGUAGUCAAAUCCUUUUAAAUGUGCUACUGAAUUUUGCUAAUUAAUUUCGUAUCUGUCAAGUCUUGUAAGAAAAAAUAAAUAAAUGUUAAAAGUCAAA